CGCUACAACCGCACGUCGUGGUUGAUCGGGCAACCCAUCAUGUCGCCAUUGUCGCGUACGUUCAAGCGUACGCUGAGGCAGCGAGGCUACGCAGGUCCGCAGGACUGCAUGCACCAGCGCAUAGCUUGAAACUGCGUCCCAGCGAACCCCGACGUCUAUAAAAGGGUUCCGCCAUCUCGCCUCCCUCCUCCUCUUCUCAUCAUCCGGCCAUCAACAGCUCCUCCUCCUCCUGCUCUUCUGACGCAUCUGCAACUCGCAUCACUCACAUCCCGCUCAAUACCCACUUAAGUUACUAUCAUUUCAAGAUGCGUUUCCUCUCGCUCGCUUUCCUGUCCCUCGCCGCCUACGCUUCCGCCGCUCCCUCUGGCGCCCGCGGCCAAAAGGCCGGUGAGGCCAUCAAGGGCCAGUACAUCGUCACCUUCAAGAAGGCCGACAACCUCGUGCCCCGCAACCUGGACCAGCUUAUCGACACCGUCUUGACCGUUCCCGGCUCCGCCUCCCUCGUCAAGCCCGCGGUUCUCCAGAAGUACGAUUUCGGAUCCUCGUCCCUGCAGGGUUUCGCGGCCAAGAUCGACGAUGCCGCCGUGCUUGAGCAGAUCAAGGGCCAUGCCGAAGUCGAGUCUAUUGAGGAGGACCAGGUUGUCACCAUCGCCGGAACCCAGACAACCGAUGCUGGCCUCUGGGGUCUGGACGCCAUCGAUGGCACCCGUGCCAACACGUACAACUACCCUGACGCUGGCGGCCAGGGUGUGACUGCCUACGUUAUCGACACCGGAUGCCAGACCAGCCACCCCGAGUUCGGCGGCCGUGCGACGUGGGGCGCGUCCUUCACAGGCGAGACCUCCACCACCGAUGGCAACGGCCACGGCACCCACGUCUCCGGCACCAUCGGCGGCAGGACCUACGGCGUCGCCAAGAAGGUCAACAUCGUCUGCGUGCGUGUGCUCUCCGCCUCCGGAUCCGGAUCUAACUCCGGCGUCAUCGCCGGCGUCAACUGGGUCGCCCAGCAAGCCAAAGCGAAGCGCACCCCGGCGGUCGCGAACAUGUCUCUCGGCGGCGGCUCUUCCACCGCUUUGGACCAGGCGGUCGAAGCCCUUAUCGCCUCAAACGUCGCACUCGCAGUCGCGGCAGGUAACACCGCUGGCUUCGAUGCCUGCAACGGCUCCCCAUCGCGCGUGCGAUCCGCCUACACCGUCGCGGCCUCCGACACCAACAACAGGUUCGCCUCCUUCAGCUCCGAAGGCCCUUGCGUCGACAUCAUCGCCCCCGGUGUCAACAUCAAGUCGUCGUGGCCUACUUCCUCCACCAACACCAUCUCUGGAACCUCCAUGGCUACACCCCACGUCGCUGGCGUCCUUGCCCUCGCUUACUCCCAGCAAUCCUUUGCCAGCCCCGCAGCGGCUUUCAGCUACCUCACCAGCCGAUCCCGCUCUGGGCUCAUCACUGGCGUUCCCUCUGGAACCGUCAACAGGUUCCUCAGGAUCUGAGAGCUUGCGGAUUUCCGUACUUAGAGAGUUUGUUUACAUUUCCAGGCUGGCCCCGGGCCGAUACCCCUCUUAUUUUUGAACUUCUGUAUACUUGCAUUUGUUGUCUGUUGCG